UGUCUUCUAAACAUUGUUUUGUUAUUAAAAUACCGCGCUUAUUUUACAUUUAUAUAAGAUAAGAAAUGUUUAAAUCUAUGUUUGUUAAGCAUAAACUAUAAAAGGAUUAUCUAAUACCAAAAAUGUACCGGAAUAGCCAUUAAUAUAUCGUGCUUGUUAUAACCAACAACAAUGGAAGAGAAAAAAUUGUUAAAGAAAAAACAAAAAGCCUUUGGCAACGAUCCUGCUUAUAUCUCAGCUUGUACAGAUCUAGCUGAAUACUACCUAUCAGAAGAUAAAUUUAAGAAAGCUAUUCAGGAAUACGAAAUCAUUUCUAAUCUAUACAAAUCAGAUAACAAAUUGAUUUUAUUUGCUCAAGCUAAUAGAGGUAUAGGUGAAGCAUAUAUGGGUCUACACGAAUUUGAAAACGCUUAUAAACACUUUAAGAUAUAUUUAAAUGUCUCCAUUCAAGAGAACGAUAUAUUAGAACAACAAAGAGCGUUAGCUCAGUUAGGUCACAUGUACUUAACAUGGUAUUUAGAGAUAGUCAGUGAGGAUCACAAGAAGCAUUUGAUUCAGGCAUAUCAGUAUUUUAUGAAAAGUUUGAAGAAAUGCGAAAACCUUCCAGAAAAUAUAGAAAAGCAGGACAUGUUGGCGCGCCUUUUUGCUAAUUUAGGUUUAGUAAAAGAAAAUUUAGGUGAAUACGGGACAUCUUUAAAUUUAUAUGAAAAAAGUAUAAAAAUUUGUGUGAAACAUGAACUGUAUGAGCAAAUGUAUCGAGGAAGAAUGGCAAUGGCUUCAUUGUUUGACAAACAGGAAAAAUAUCAAGAAACUAUCAAGCAAUUUAAUUUGGCAAUAGAGAUUGCAAAAAAAUUAAGUACAAAACGUGUAGAAUUAGUUUGUGCUGCAUUACUAGCUAAAUCAGACACUUUAAUAAAAAUAGCUGAUUUUACUGGAGCCAAGACUUACUUGAGAAAGGCCUAUAAGUUUAAGACACCAAAUUUUGGAGAUAGGAAAUUGAUUGAGAGGAACUUAAGAGUUGUUGCUGCAUUGUGUAAAUUGGAAGACGACAUCAUACUGACAACCGACAAAAAAGAACUGAAAGAGCUUUACGAAAAAAUGGGAGACGGUGCUUGCGAUCUGAAAAACUUCUCUAAAGCCAUCGAAUAUUAUCACAAAAUGUUGAAAACGGCAGAAAUGAUCGGGUCUAGCGACAAAGAAUUGCAACAAUGUUACUACAGUUUGGGAGAGACAUAUAAAGACAAUGGCCAGUACCAGGAAGCGGAGGUAUACUUUGAAAAAGAGUACGAAUUGUGCAAGAACAAUUUAAAAGACAGUUUAAACACUUUGUGUAAGAUUGUGGAUUUGAAAGAGCAAGCCAAAAGCGAUGUGGAGGAAAUAAAAACUGUUUAUAACAGAGCUUUAGAUAAUUGUAAGAAGAAGAGCAAUUUAAAGGAGGAAAAAAUCAUUCUUAUUAGGUACUUGAAUUUUUUGAGACGAAAUUUGUGUCACGGGGACGCUUAUAAUUGUGCACAGCGUUUGAACGAAAUUAACGAGUUUUUAGGAGAUGAUGAACAAUCGAGUUCUUCGUCUGAUAACGAGAGCGAAGAUUCUGGGAAGGUGCACGUCGGAGCAGAUAUUGUUCUAAGUGAUAUUAGCGAUAUGUCGGAAGAUUCCGAUUAUGAAGUAACUGAACCCAGUGCUGCUCAACCUGCAACGAGAAGAAGAAAUCAACCUAAAGUGAAAUUUAAGAAGAAUCUCAAUGGAGAGUGGCCGUUACAUGUUGCCGCCAUUAAAGGAGACAUGAAAAUGAUGGAGUACUGGUUGAACGUUGGCCACCCCGUCAACGUCAGAGACAACGCCGGUUGGCUACCGUUGCACGAGGCAGCCUUGCACGGUCACCUGGACAUUGUCCGGCUUCUGUUGGACCACAAGGCGGCCAUAAACGACCGCGGGGGCGCCGAAUGCAACGGCAUGACCCCCCUGCACGACGCCGCCGGGAACGGUCACCUGGAGGUGGUCAAGUUGAUGCUGGACAGGGGAGCUUCCGCGUUGGUCAAGUCGGAUGACGGGUGUACGCCUCUGACCGAAUUGAAAAAAUGGUAUAACAGGUCGGAAGGUUUAUCUGUCGAACAACAGACCUUGUAUGAAGAACUCGCAGAGAGACUGUCUGGAACCUUAGAUAGAGCCGGUCAGAGCGACUUGGUUGUCACUAAGUCUAGAAGUCCCGAAAAGCGUACUGCUUCUAGGGGAUCUCCUUCAAAAGUCGGAUCUUUGAGAAGAAAUGCUUCGUUUUAUGACGUGGAUGAUGAGGAAGAAGAACAGGAAGAGACACCGGAUACCAACGAGUUCUACACACAACCCAGUCUGGAAGAAGAAAGAAACGCCUCUCUAGAGUAUCAAUCCGUGAUGCAGAACCUGCGACACAAGAACUACCAGACCGAAAAACAGCCAUCGCCUGUCAAGUCUCAGUCGGAUAACAAGAGAUCCGCUUACGUAGCGGAUGUCGAUUUUGUGGAUGAGAAUGAUUGGUUGGAGGAGGACGUUAGACCUACGAAAAACAAGCGAAGAAAAACGGACGAAUCUCUGAAAUUAACUACUAGGAGUAGGUCGUUUGGACAGGAUAGUUCGAAUAGAUCACCAAGAAUAAGCACGAGGACAGAAGACCAACUUUGCGCAGAUUUUGAGAGAAACGACUUAGAUUGGGGGGAGAUUCAAACAACGCCAAAUAUCCGAAGAAUUUCCGAUGAAAGCAAUACCAGUUCGAGCGGUUCAAAUAAAUCGAAAAGAAAAACACAAGCAACCUUGUUAGAUGCUGGUUUUAGUAAGAAAAGAAACAGCAGUUCCCCAGGGAUUAGACCUGCAUGGAGGAGGCACACCAGCUCUGAUGGUUUGGUACAAGCAAGAAUACCCUCCUUCAGUCAAAUUUCUACCUCUUCAGUGGAAGCUGACUCUACAACCUUACCCCAAAGUCAGAUAGACCACACCUCUAAUGUUUUGGACCCAACUUUGUUUGUUGACGUUCAAAUUGAAGGAAGAUUGUUUAGAGUGCCAGUAUUAUUCUCCCAAAUCCAAAGCAAAACGAUAAAGUGGCUUGCCAGCGAAGCUGCACAUAGAUAUGCCAGUAAAGAAUAUAUGAAACCUACGUUAGAACUAGAAACAGUCUCAGGAGCUGUGUUGGCUGAUGACGAUCUGCUUAGUUUGCUUUUCCCCAUGGGUAGUACUCAAGCUGAGAAAGUAAUUGCCAAGGUCACCGAAUGGAGUCUUCCACCGUUGAUUGAUAGAUACAUGGAUACUUGUCAUCAUAUGAGUUUAGAUGUUGACACAGAUCUGUGCCAAUUAAUUGAAACACUAUCAGUAAACUUAGACCUAGAAAACCGCGGAAUCCUAGGAACACAUCUAUCACCCCUACUAAAAGCGAUAAACCAUCAAAAAAAUCUGACGGAAAUCAACUUAUCAGGAAAUUUCUUGAACACGUCAUGUAUAAACAUGCUGUGCACCAGCCUGGUUACCUUGCCCAACUUGAGAGUACUAAACUUGAGCUGUACAGACCUACAAACUUCCCAUUUAAGUCUACUCACUAAUACUAUAACCAAUCACACGUCGGUAUUCUCAAACUUGAGCGUCCUGAACUUGAGCCACAACCUCCAAUUGAGUCAAGGCUGUUUGAAGGAUUUAGCCGCCAUAACUAGGGUGAUUAAUCUAAAAACGCUUGAUUUAAAAGAGGUAAAACUGAAUGGAUUGGCUGCGUUUUGUGACAGUAUAUGUCUGAAAACUGUUGAGCGACUUGACGUUAGUUCAAACGAGUUGGAGGUUAGGGAUGUGAGGAGGAUACUGUCGUGGACGGAUAGGAGUGUGUUAAAGGAACUCAACUUGUCUAAUAAUGCGAUCAGUCAGGGUUUAGGACCGCUGUUCGAAGUGUUGGACGGACAGAAAGAGAUAGUUUUGGAGAAGGUUGGACUGAGUCGAUGUAAUGUUACGGAUUCUGAGUUAUUUGAACUACUGGGGUUGGCUCCAAAUUUGACAUCACUAAAUCUAUCCUACAACAAAGACUUGACGUCUAUCAGUCUACGUAGGUUAUUAGGAAGAAGCAACUUGCAAUACCUUAACCUAAUAUGUUGCGAGAAUAUUUGGAAGUAUUUCGACCCAUGCGAGGAAGGUUGGUACGUGGAUUUUCGGGGAAAUACCGGUGAAACAAUUUUGAAAUUGUCAGGAGGGAGGAGAGAAUACUUAGAUUGCAUCACGAAUCUGUUUCUACAAAAGUAUCCUUCAUGUAAUGUUACCAGGUCAGAUAAUUUUUUAGCAAUUGCAUUGACAACUACCUAAGUUUUUGUUGAUUGGUAUUUUUUGUGACAAGAAAAUCUUAUUAAGUGAAAUAUUUUUUCAUCAUUCCAGAGCUGGGCAUUAUUAAAAAAAAUAAAAUUUCUUUGGGCUGUUGAAAUCUUGCUACAAAAAAUGACCAGGCUUUUAUUUUUAUAUGAAUCUUUUUUUAUACAUUUGUUUUUCUAUUUUGCUUGAAGUAUAAAUUAAAUUAAACAGGGGAAGUCCAAACUUGUUUCUUUUAUUUGUUAAUAUAAUUUUUGUAUACAUCUCAAUAUACAGGGUGUGUGAAAAUUCUUCAUAAAAUCAACUAUUUUCACUGAAUCGAUUUCUUUAAAGCUUCUAGCUUUUUCAAAUUAAAUUAUAAUUGAUUGGCUUUUAGAAGGUCACUGUGACGCCGUUUUUUUUCCUUGAUCGUAUAAUAUACGGUAAGAUUUUUAAAAUACUUUCAUAUAGACACCCUGUAUAUACCCUGCUAAUUGUUAUUGUAGCUUUAAUCAAAAGUACAUAUAUUUGUUAAGCAUUAAAUAUUAGUGAAUAAAUUGCAUUGUUGAUCAAUUGAAUGACAUUGAAUCAUUUUAUAUCAUUUAUUUUAUUGGAACUAUAUUUUUAUACCAAAUUCUUUUUUUAAUAAAAUAUUGUAAAACGGUCAGUUGAAUUGUUGAAUAAAAGACAUGUUUACGUACGAAUAUAUUUAUUUAUAUAAAUAAAAUACAAACAAAUCAUCUCUUUCAACUAAAAUAUAAAUAAAAAUCAUGGUAUGCCACAAAACACAGAUUUCAAAUUUAUACCAUUUGAGCAAAAAAACAUAUAGGAUAAAGAAACAAAUAAUGUUGACGUGAAAAUAUGACCUAUAACUAUGACAAUUUUAAGCAAAAAUUAGGGAUGGAUUUUUUCCCGAUAUAUCGAUAUAUCUUCACCUAUCUUAUCGAAUAAUAAUAGGUGGUUUCUAAACAGUAAUAUAACUAUCUUAAUCGGUAAUAUAACUUACCGAGGACCAUCAGUAAUUCGAUAGUCAUAUUGAGAUAAUUGUCGAUAUAUCGAUAUGUAAAAUAGGUCGAUAGGUGAAUUGCAAUUACUUAUCGAUAUAUAAAAUCCAUUAUAUCGCCCAUCCCUAAGAAGAAAAAAAUUGUGGCAAAUGGUAGAUCAUAUUUACAUGGCGACAUAAUAUACAGGGUGAUUCUCUAGCUUCGAAUAUAUUCAGCAAAUCAAAGGUUUUUUUUUGAUAACAUACUAAUAAUUGCGCUCUUUUAAUGUAAGAUAGUUUUAAACAGUGUUUCCCCGUAAUUUGGGACAUUCAAUUAAAGAAACUCGUCAAAGUGUCUGAGCAUAUUUCCGAAAACCGUCGAUUUACUCAAUUCGUUCCAAGUUGAAGAAUCACCCUGUAUAAUUUAUUAAACGAAUACGGUAUUUUAUUUAUUGCAUAACGAAACCAAUGGGGAUUUUCAUGAAACAACGGCGGGCAAAAAAGCUAGUAAACAAGUAAUUAUUUCGCUUUAUAAAUAGCAUUUGUGAGCGAUAGAAAUCGUACCGGGUACGCGCUUGCCAAGGUCGUACCGAGUGCAACCAGAGCUUGACACGAACGUAAAACGUCUAACUUCUACGCUAGUGUCGGCCUUUAAGGUGACUGCACAGCCUUUGAAACUAUGCGAUAGUGAUGUGCACUUCGAGAGAAAAAAAAAUAUCGAUACACUCAUCAAAUAUAUCGAUAUUUAGACGUAUCGAUCAAAAAAUUCAAACAUAGCAACACGAACACGAAUGUCUAACGUUCACGUUAGUGUCACGUCGGUCUAAAAGGCCUUUGAAAUAAUGUGUUAGUGAUGUGCACAUCAA